AUGCGUACAAAACUAACGCCAACGUUUUCAUCUGGAAAAAUAAAGUCUACGUUUCCCACUAUAGUCGAUGUUGCGAACACUUUAGUUGAGGUAUUAGGAGAUAUGCAAAAUUCCCCUCUGUACGAUAUCGAUGUGGGUAUAGAAAUUGAAGAUCUUAUCUCACAUUACACAACUGAUGUUAUCGGAAGUGUUGCGUUUGGUUUGGACUGUGGGACUUUAAAAGAUCCCAAUAGCACAUUCAGUGACAUAAUUAAAAAAGCAUUAAAUUUUCGUCAUAACAUGAUAACGGUGUUACUUGCAUAUAUAUUUCCAAAAGUGGCUCGGAAAUUACGACUAAAAACACUAACAGGAGAAGUAUCGAAGUUUUUCUUGAAUCUUGUGCGUCAAACUGUGACGUUUCGUGAACAAACCGGUACGCAAAGAAAUGAUUUUCUUAAUUUAUUAAUGGAGUUACGAAAAUCGGGUGAUUUAACUAUGGAAGAAAUAACUGCACAAGCUUAUGUUUUUUUUGUGGCUGGCCACGAUACAGGUUCAAGUACAUUAACUUUUUGUUUGUAUGAGUUGGCACUUAAUCAAGAUAUUCAAAAUAAAGCCAGAUCAGAAAUAAAUGAAGUUCUCUCUGCACACAAAGGUGUAUUAACGUAUGAAGCAAUGGCAGAUAUGAAAUAUUUGCUACAGAUAAUGUAUGAAACAACGCGAAAACAUGCACCGACAGUAUUUAUUGCGCGACAAACUGCCGAGGACUAUUUCGUACCUAAUACGGAUUACGUUAUAGAAAAAGGCAUGACGGUACUUUUACCAGUUGAUGCUAUACAUCAUGAUCCAGAUUUAUAUCCAAAUCCAAAACUCUUCGACCCUGAACGGUUCACAGCAGCUGAAAUCCAAAAACGGCAUCCAAUGGCAUAUUUAGCUUUCGGAAGGGGACCACGUAAUUGUAUCGGUUCCAGAUUUGGCAAAAUGAUAGUUUUGGCGGGACUGUGUUUGUUACUUAAAAACUUUAAGUUUUCGGCUACAAAGAAAACCCAAAUACCUAUAAAAUCAUCAAUGUUUACAUUAUUACGCGCUUCUGAAGAAGGAGUGUAUUUAAAAGUUGAAAAAUUAUAACCGGCUUCAAAAAGAUAUCGUUAUUUAUGUAGCAAAUAUUUGGUAAAUAUGACAAACUAAGUUAAAAAUAAUGUAAUUGUGGAGUAUAUAAUCUUCAACGAUUUUCUUCGCUAAAGUGAAGGUUGGAAAUAUUUUAUAUUAGAUCUUUUAUUUAGUUGUUUAAAGGUAGGGAAACGUAUUUUUUUUAUUUACGGAAUAUGCGUAUAUUGGUAUAUACUUUGACAGUCGCCAUGACUUAAAUUAAGGAAAAGCAAUUGGAUGUUAUUAAAAUUUUUUUC